AUGGGGAAGGAGCAGGAGCUGCUGGAGGCCGCGCGCACCGGGAACCUCCCGGCCGUGGAGAAGCUGCUCUCGGGGAAACGCCUCAGCUCCGGCUUCGGCGGCUCCGGUGGUGGCGGCAGUGGCGGCGGCGGCUCCGCGGGGGGAGGCGGUGGCGGGAGCGGCGGGAGCGUCGGUGUGGGGCACCCGCUGUCCAGCUUGCUCAGCAUUUGGAGGGGGCCAAACGUGAACUGCGUUGACAGUACUGGUUACACUCCACUGCACCACGCUGCUUUGAACGGCCACAAGGAUGUCGUGGAAGUUCUGCUGAGGAACGACGCUCUCACCAACGUGGCAGAUUGUAAGGGCUGUUACCCCCUGCACUUGGCAGCCUGGAAGGGAGAUGCUGAUAUCGUGAAGCUCCUCAUCCACCAGGGCCCUUCGCACACCAAAGUGAAUGAGCAGAAUGCUCUUGAGAUCAAAGAACUCAAAAAGUACGGCCCCUUUGACCCAUAUAUCAAUGCCAAGAACAAUGACAACGAGACAGCGCUGCACUGCGCGGCCCAGCAUGGCCACACCGAGGUGGUGAAGGUGCUGCUGGAGGAGCUCACUGACCCCACCAUGAGAAACAACAAAUUUGAGACCCCCCUGGACCUGGCUGCGCUCUAUGGGAGGCUGGAAGUGGUCAAGAUGCUCUUGAACGCCCACCCCAACCUGCUGAGCUGCAACACUAAGAAACACACCCCACUGCACCUGGCAGCCAGGAACGGUCACAAAGCAGUGGUCCAUGUCCUCCUAGAUGCUGGCAUGGACAGCAACUACCAGACUCAGAAAGGCAGUGCUUUGCACGAAGCUGCUUUGUUUGGCAAGACAGAUGUGGUACAAAUAUUGCUGGCUGCAGGUAUUGAUGUGAACAUAAAGGAUAACAGAGGCCUGACUGCUCUGGACAUUGUGAGGGAACUUCCUUCCCAGAAAAGCCAGCACAUAGCAGCUCUCAUUGAAGAUUACACCAUUGGGAAGAAAAGUGCCAAAGCUGUGGAGAAAUCUACUCCAGCCCCGCUCGCUCCAGCCACCGAUCCCUCAGGCCAGAUGUCUCAGGGUGAUGUGGACAAAGCUGUCACAGAGCUGAUCAUCGAUUUCGAUGUGAACCCCGAAGAGGAGAGCCCAUACGAAGCUUUGUACAAUGCCACGUCCUGCCACUCCCUGGAUAGCCUGGCCAGUGGGAGAUCAUCCGACCGGGAAUCUGUGAAUAAAGAAACUGAACCAAGUGGCCUCAAAGCAGCCAGAGUCAGGCCUAGAGAACGUCCUCCCCCGCCGGCCAAGCCUCCGCCUGAUGAAGAGGAGGAACAGAAUGUGGAGAAGAAGACAGGCCAGAGUGCUCCCUGCGAGGCCUCUGCUGCCCGGGGAAAGAACAGGGGAAGUGGAGCUGAGGAAGAGGAACACCCCUACGAGCUGUUGCUUACAGCAGAAACUAAAAAGCCAGUUGCAGUGGACAGGAAAACAAAAGACCACAGGAGGAGCAGCGGCAGCCGCAGCCAGGACUCUGCUGAGAACCAGGAUAUCCAGGUGCCAGAGCAGUUUUCAGGGUUGCUCCACGGCUCUUCUCCAAUCUGUGAGAUAAGUGAGGACCCUUUCAGGCUCAUUUCCUCUGCGGAGAAGGGGGACACGGAAGCCACGAGCCACCCCGCUGCUAUGCAGCUGGAGGAUGCUGAGUUACCCUCGUCAGGACCAGCACGGAGCAGUUCCCCGGACCCCACGCAGACAGUGGUGUAUGCCACGGUGCAGCACGUCAGUCGGGCGGAUCCCGCGGCCGUAGUCACGCCCUAUGUGCCGCAGCACCCCAGCGGUGCUGAGCCAGAGGGGGACAGAGCUGUGGGCAGAGCCCACCCGGGCAGCAAGCCCAAAGCCGAGCUCAAACUCAGCCGCAGCUUGUCCAAGUCGGACUCUGACCUGCUGACCUGCUCCCCGACGGAGGACGAUGCCAUGGGGAGCCGGAGUGAAUCACUCUCCAACUGCAGCACUGGGAAGAAGCGGCUGGAGAAGUCCCCAUCCUUCGCUUCAGAGUGGGAUGAGAUUGAAAAAAUCAUGAGUUCCAUCGGCGAAGGCAUUGACUUUUCCCAGGAGCAGCACAGGAUCUCAGGUUCGCGGAUGCUGGAGCAGAGCGUCGGGGAGUGGCUGGAGUCCAUCGGCCUGCAGCAGUACGAGAGCAAGCUGCUCCUGAAUGGCUUCGACGAUGUUCGCUUCCUGGGCUGUAAUGUCAUGGAAGACCAGGACCUUCGGGAUAUCGGGAUCGGUGACCCUCAGCACCGCCGGAAACUGCUCCAGGCUGCUCGCUCCCUCCCAAAGUUGAAACCCCUGGGCUGUGAUGGGAAUAGCCAGCCAUCAGUUCCUGCAUGGCUCGACUCCCUGGGGCUGCAGGAUUACAUCCAGUCCUUCCUCUCAAGUGGCUACAGCUCUAUCGACACUGUGAAAAACCUCUGGGAGCUUGAGAUAGUAAACGUGCUGAAAGUGAACCUGCUGGGCCAUCGGAAGAGGAUCAUCGCCUCGCUGGCAGACAGACCCUACGAGGAGCCACCGGCCAAGCCACCACGAUUCUCACAGCUGAGAUGCCAGGACUUGAUGUCCCAGGCGUCGUCGCCCCUGAGCCAGAACGACUCCUGCACAGGCAAAUCUGCUGAUCUCCUGCUGCCCUCCGGGGACACUUCCAAGAAGCAACACGGUCGUGGCACUGAGCUUGCUCCCUACUCCAGAGCUGAGCGCUACAAAGCACAGGAGGACCGUCGGGAGUCCAGGCUAACCCUGCGCCCCCCAAGCCUGGCAGCCCCAUAUGCCCCCGUUCAAAACUGGCAGCACCAGCCCGAGAAGCUCAUCUUCGAGUCCUGCGGGUAUGAGGCCAAUUACUUGGGCUCCAUGUUGAUCAAAGACCUCCGAGGGACAGAGUCUACACAGGACGCCUGUGCCAAGAUGAGGAAAUCCACAGAGCACAUGAAGAAGAUCCCAACCAUAAUCCUGUCCAUCACGUAUAAAGGGGUGAAGUUCAUUGAUGCCUCCAACAAGAAUGUCAUUGCUGAGCACGAGAUCCGGAACAUCUCCUGUGCUGCUCAGGACCCUGAGGAUCUCUGCACAUUUGCCUACAUCACCAAGGACCUGCAGACCAGCCAUCACUACUGCCAUGUCUUCAGCACUGUAGAUGUGAACUUGACGUACGAGAUCAUCCUCACGUUGGGGCAGGCAUUCGAGGUCGCCUACCAGCUCGCCCUGCAAGCCCAGAGAGCAAAGCCUCUGGGUGCUGGAGCAGGAGAAAUGAUUGAAACAAAAUCUUCCAAACCAGUGCCUAAACCACGAGCAGGCAUGAGGAAAUCCGUGCUGGAUCCCCCUGAAGUGGACCAAGACUCCCAGUCUCAUGCCAGUGUCUCCUGGGUCGUGGACCCCAAGCAGGACUCCAAGCGGACCCUCAGCACUAACUGAGCUCCGGGCAGCCGUCUCCUACCACGGGAUGUAGUAGCGGGGCAGAGACCUGGGACGCGGUGGCCUCCUGACAUGAAGAUCAUCUCCCUCUGGCACGGGUGGCUGCCUCGGAGUGGGUGCGUGGCUGCUCGGUGAGGGCUCCCAGAGCAGCCCUCUGGGGGAAGGGACCCAGCCUCCACCGAGGAAAGCCGCUCUCUCCGUUCCUAGCGAAGGAAAACUCGACACUCGGAGGCCAAGAGCGAUGUCGCCUUUUCUAGUUUGAGACAAAACAUCUUUUGACCUGUUUCUUUUUUAACGAAGUGACACAGAGCAAAUCCGGUUCACGGUUUUAAGGUAGCGCUGCAGCUUUUUGGUGAGGAAAAAAAACCCCACCAAAUUUUUAUUUACUGGGAAUCCCGCAGUCUGGCGAGGAGCAUGAUAGAAAGCCUUAGCAGGGGCGUGGUGUGCGUAUUUCUGAUGGUACUUACUCUGCUUCAGCCCUGGGUGAACAGGAGAAAACUCCAAAUUCUCAGAGAUCGCUUCCUCCCACGUGAGAACCUGGUGAGAUAAGUCUGCAUCCUGUUCUCCAAGCCACUCCAAGCUUUUGUAGCAAAUGGAAGUAAAUUGAGGAAAAGAAUCUGCAAAGGAUUUUUCACCCCAGAGCAGCUGUGGCCAAUACCCCCGAUGGUACAAAGCUUCCUUAUCCCCCCAGCUGUCACGUUGCAAUACUUGACAUUUCUAUGGCAAGGACCCCGUUUCUUCCCAUUUCUGCACUGAAUUCCUGGGGACAACUCCCUGCUCCAGCCUCUGUGCACCUGUCUUGUUUUUAAAUGCAGUUAUGCCCUGAAGGGUUGGGGUUUUUUUAAGUAUAUUCAGUUGUGAUUUAGCACUUUUUUGAUACUAGCUCAUUAUUUAAUUAGUGCAACCGUUUCAGAAGAUGAACAAAUAAGGAGUUAAAUUUUGGGCAUUACACUGAAACAGUCCAUCCCCAAGGACAAACCACAUCAGCCUGAGGGUGGCUUGGCCCUGUCUGAGCCCAGUGUCCCUAAAGGCAAUCACCUCAGAGGUGCUGUGUGCUUGCUUUUAUUCUGAAUUACAGUGUUUUUCACAGUGGUUUGGGCUGUGACUGAUGUGUUUUCAGACUGUUCCCCUCUGGGGAGAAUGUUAAAAUGGUUGUGAUUUGAAUUCUUCAGAUGCAAAGUGUAGCGCAGCGCAUCCAUCGUGAUCUCGUCAGGCCCUCUCAGGGCUGUGGGACCUGCUGCCACAUGGGAAUGCUGUGCGCGAGUAAUUCCUGUUUAACUCCAGUUGCUGCUGUAUGUCAGGAUUUCCUUUAGUCUCUCUCACCAGUGAGGCUGGGAGAGAAGUGAACCAUAAUCCCAAGGGCACAGACCUGUAAAGGAUUGGGAAGGGGGAGUGGAGAUUUUGGGUUAAGCCAAUAAAUUUAGGAAACCUAACAUUCCUUGUUAUGCACAUGUUGCAAUUCAUACUGGUGUAAGUGUAAAUAUUUGGUGUGUUGGCAACAAGUCUUCGGUGAGAUUGCAAAUUGAAACUCUGCUUGGGAGGAGGGACACCUUUCCUUUCUGACACGUGAGCUUUUUUGGAGGUUGGCUUGGAGGUGACAUGGUGAUGAAGACUCCAGUCUUCAGGCACUGGGCUCGGUGACCCUGGUGGUCCAUUCCAGCCCCAUGUGUAAACCUAUGGUUGUCUUUAGUGAUCCAUUCUUUAGCCAGAUACUCCCUUUCUCACCUCUCAGACAGAGCAGUUGUUUUGGCAGUUCAGUGUGGUGUGGUCUCUCUCGGGACUCGGUGCUGGAGACAGACCCUGGGCUGUGCCAGUCACUGGCUCCCGGCCACCCUCACCCACCCACUGUGCAGCGUUGGGGCUCUUCCUCCCUGCAGGGUUUUGUGCUAUCUGGAGGACAGUGCCCCAGAUUUCCGGUGCUGAACAUAACAUUGCAUCCAACUGCGUCUGCUGUACUACCUGCCUGGAAGGAGCUGGGGCUGCCCUGGGCCUUGUUCCUCUCCUUAAAGACAGAUUGUGUUUCGCAGACUUUGGUUUGUGGGCUGAGCCCUCACUCACAGCCAGCAAAUGGAGUUGCCAAGUUUUGUCUUUCUUUUUAUAGGAGGGGAUGAUUUUUUUUUUUCAAAUUGAAGAUGCUUUAUCCUUUUUUUAUUUUGUGUUUACAAAGAAAAAAAAAAAAAGCGCUAAUCUUAGCUGUUGAACUGACUUAAACUUGCUUUGGGGUUGUUCUUUUUAGAUGAAAUUAUGCAACUUUUUUGGUGUACACACCUGUUCCCCCUCCCAGGGAGAAGAUGCAGCACCUUCCAGGCUGUACCUGUAGUGAAGUCUGUACCUUCAGGAGGCUGCUGAGACACAGAGCAGAUGCCAAAAAGCCCCAAACACGUCCCAUUCUGUGUGCAGCUGAGGUGGAGCCAAUGCUUUAAUGCUCCUUCCAUCCACCUCAGAAGUUUCCAGCAGCAGCAUUUCCCUGGCUCUGCUCCGAUCCAUGUUUUGGAGCCGGCACAGAGCUCACAACGCUGUCGUGUUGCAAAGGUCUCCCUUAUAGAUCUCACAUUGGUAUUACCUGAAUUUUUUUUUUCCCAAAAGAAAAGUACCUGUGCUGUUCUCACUAAGUCAACCCAGCUCAGACAUUUUUCUUACCCACAGAAGAAUAACCUGGGAUUCCCUGACAGGGCAGAGACAGUCAAGUUCAGUUUGCAAUGUAGACAUUUUUGCUAAUUGUGAUGUAUGGCAGUGGGGCUGAUUUGUAAUACAAAUGUUAUUUAAUCUGUCUGUAUUUUGAUACUUGAAUUUCCUUUUAUUUCCUGUAUAUACAGUUGUUAAUCUGUUCAAAUUUGUCUGAAUUUUAAACAUCUUGUGGUACCAAACAUAACCAAUCUGUGCAACAAGAUAGACUGACCUCACUACAACAAGGCGAGAUUGUAAAUAUUCCUGGGCUUCCAGCAGUCGUUUUGUUGUUUUCAAAAUUGUACAACUUAGAACAGACCGAAUUAAUAAACAACCUUAGACACA